AUGGGAAACGACGACAGCCUUGAACACGCCCGCAAAGCUCUACUCGACAAAACCGACUGGGUCGCAAUCACAACCGCGCGGCCAGUUAGGUUCAAUCAAGUUGUUCGAGACGAGAUCAAGGGAUUCGGCCGUCGACGCAAGAUACCACAUUUAAAGCAGGGAACUUCGAUGCCCCAGAGAAAUUCAGGCCAGGGAGAAUUACGCUCCACACGCCCAGCUCAACGUGUUCCUUCUCUGCGGACAGAAGAGAUUAGCCUCAGAAUAGGGUCCAACGUACAUCAGACUCAAACCACUUCGAGCUUUGUGGGCUGUAAAGAGCCUAUCCAAUCAGUUGCAGGAGCUAUCAAUGAACCGGCGCAUCCGGACAAAGUUCAGGACAGGAACCAAACACAUCACACAUCGAGAGAAGUAUCAGAAAGAAGGAGCAGUGGAAAAAUUCAAGCUCGUGCUAGUGAACCAAGGAGGGGGAGAAUAGCUCAGCUCGACUCGGCGGACGAAGGCAAUCUUAUCACCCUGGAAGAAGCUGUUGGCCUUGGCCUAACAUCCUGGGAUAAGGUCCGUGGGCUCGCUCGGUCAAGAACCCAGACGAAUGCUUCCAAAGUGAAUCCUCCAUCCGGCGGAGCGUUUCCAAACCCCUCGGGUGCCAAACACGACGCCCUUUGUAAGCCGGCCCCAUAUCAACAGGACAAUCCACAUAAUAUUUCCGGCGGCUCCCACCGACAUUCAUCGCCGCAAGCCCCAAUACCGGCCUUGCCAGACACAAUCCAGCGUGUGAUUGCCGUGGGGCUCCUAGAGGAUGGGCCGGGACAUGGUUCAAGCCCACCACUAUUUUCAGAGCCAUACCUGCACCCCAACCAUCCUCUUAGGCCGGGCCCGACCCCUUCAGUUGAUGAAAGCAUACACAUUGCCCCGGGCGUAGCAUGCGAUGUGGCUGUCGGUGCCGAACUGGGACUGCGCCCACAAUUUACAUUGGAGGAUCAAGUGAAACUAGAGCAGGCGGUAGGAGAUCUCGAGCGUGAAAAACAGCAGAGAAGAGACUCAUUCUUUUCUGCUGACAGCUUGGCAGAAAGUGAUACAACUGAUUCGCUACGGUGUUCUUACAACCUCAGCGCUUCUACAUUCGGUGUUGCAUCUGAGACGGCUCCCUCUAAGCAUGUCUCGAUCUUCAAAUCGAACGAGAGCGAGUCUAACGGCCUACAUCGCCCUUCUACUGGGUUUUCUGGCUAUUUGGCGAAGAGCAUCACCAAGGAACGACGAUCUAGAGCAGAAGAUAUCGCCAGCCACGUAACCAGCGAGACAGGAAACCUUGUUCCUUCACCGGGGUUCGAGGAGGUCAUUCCCCGGCUUACAGAUCACUCCCCUGGUGUGCCAUUUAGCUUUCGAAGCAGAAAACAGGGCGAUCAAGCUAGUGAUUCGGGCGGGAAAACCACAUCCAGCCUCUCCAAAAGCAUCGAUACGGACAAUGAAGCAUGGAUGAGAUAUGUAUUUCCAGAGGAAUUUGGCCGGAUCCAGGACGGCUUCCACUUUGAAAGUAGCCAUCUUCUACCUAAAUCUACCACAAGUUGGGGUGAGGUAUUUCCAGCAAUCAACAAACCAUCGUGUGUUCAGCAUGGUACUUCCAGCCUCUGGUUCGAGUCAGAGCAGCCUGGCUCGGAUCCUAAACUUUUUGUUUCGCCCAAAUCGAUUCCCACUGCUGUUAAUACUUCGAUUUUCAUACAGUCUCCACAGCAUCUUGACCAUUCUGAACCGGAUUUUCUAUCACAUCUCAGCCCAAUGGAAGGUCACAUUGACGAGAGACUGGUGAAUAUAUCACUUUACAACAACGCUCCCAUGACCGAACCUGGACCCAAUACUAGUCCAGCCGGAAAGUUGCAGAAGUCUGGACACCCAAAGACUAGUGCUCUUCCAAGAUCGCUUGUCCCAGCAAAAAGGAGGGCACCAGGCCCACCAGGAGGACGAACAUCAUCAUGCUGGAUCAGGUCCAUGGAUUGUUCGAGCGCAAAAUCAUUGCCGCCACCGCACAGCCAGCCAAGUUUCUGGUCCUUGAGCAAUACCACAAAUGCUGUACGAGACAGUGCUGAGACAACAAAUCCCGGAAGGUCAGACGCUACCCGCCCUUCCCAGGCCACAGAAUUCCAAUUUAGGGUCAACGAAUUUGGUAAGACUCAAAACCCAGUGCGCGACAAUUCAAGAACGGGCGGGCAGGGGUCGGGGACAGUGGUACACUGGGAAGACCCGCCUGCUGGCAUUUUCAUCGGGAGUGACCAGCUGACGGCAGCUGCGUCGCCGUUUGGCUCGUAUAGAAUCACGAGACCGACGAUCGACGAUUAUAGCCGGAGAGCUUCGUUCCAAUUGUGGUCCGACGUUUCCACAUCAUCAUCGACACAUUUUGCGACCUUAGAACCCGUGGAUGCUCCUCCGUCUACCUCGAUGCCGCCAAUGUCCAAGCACCGUAAUAGAGAUGACCCGGCUGUAAAUAUCCACACCCGUCCAUCGCGAGAUUUUAUACGAGAACCUACACGAUAUCCUACUCAGAUACCUCUAUGGAGUGAGGGCUAA